UUAGUCGAUUCAGGAAGCGCGUGGAGAGCAGCGUGAAUGUCAAAACAGAGACUAAUGAACCGAGCUGUUAGAAGAAGAGCACUUGUUUCAUUAUCAUACUUUAUCAAAAAUUGCGUUACAUCCCGUUUACCUAACGUGAAAGGCACCGCCAUUUAAAGUGGAAGAAGCAGAGAAAUGCAAGCUGGACCCAGAUAUUCUUAAGCUUCGAACUCAGCUGACAUGAUGUCGUUUACAUUACAGCGGAUCCCUGCUUUCACCUCGGCGUUGUUCUGUCGGUGUAUUUCAAAGUCCUUUCAACGACACUGCAGUCGCACAUUGUCUAAGAAAGUGAGAGUAUCUGAUGCUCUCUCAAGCGAACAGACAGGGUCACAUGUUAGAAUACAGGGAUGGCUUCGAUCCGUCAGGCCCCAGAAAGACAACCUCUUCUUACAUGUAAAUGACGGAAGUUCAUUGCAACCUCUACAGGUUGUUGCCAGCUCACGCUUGAAUACCAGAGACCUCACAUUUGGCUGUGCUGUUGACAUCACUGGCACCUUAGAGAAGAGCCCAAGUAAGAAACAGGACGUGGAGUUACAUGCUCAGCAUAUUAAGGUUGUUGGAGAAUGCAAUCCUGUGGAGUUUCCUUUCAAGAUCAAGGAGCGUCAUUCUAUGGAGUAUGUCAGGCAGUUUCCUCACCUCAGAUGCCGAACGAAUGCCUUCAGCUCUCUGCUCAGGAUACGCAGCGAAGCUACGACGGCCAUCCAGUCGUUCUUCAGGGAUAAGGGUUAUGUGCAGAUACAUACACCAGUAAUCACUUCAAACGACUGUGAGGGAGCUGGAGAACUCUUCCAAGUUGAGCCUACAGGGCAUGACUCAGAUGACUCAAAUCCACAUUUCUUCUCUGUGCCGGCUUAUCUAACCGUCUCAGGACAGCUGCACCUGGAGGUGAUGGCAGGGGCUUUUUCUGCAGUGUACACAUUCGGCCCCACCUUCAGAGCUGAGAAAUCUCAAAGCAGGAGACACUUGGCAGAGUUUUACAUGGUAGAGGCCGAGAUCGCCUUCACUGAGUCACUAGACGACCUUAUGAAGGUAAUGGAGAACUUAUUCAAAGCUGCCACGGAGCAUUUGCUGUCUUUCUGCGCAGAGGACGUAGAGUUACUUCACAAAUAUAUUGCACCAGAACAAAGGGAUCAAGUGGAUCUCAUGUUGAAAAGAAAAUUUAAUGUCAUUUCUUACACGGAGGCCAUAGACAUUCUAAAGAGCAGUUCACAGAACUUUACCUUCAGCACUGAGUGGGGCUGUGAUCUUCAGACAGAACAUGAGAAAUUCCUAGUGAAACAUUGUGGAAACGUCCCAUUGUUUGUCAUCAACUAUCCCUACGAGUUAAAGCCUUUCUACGCCCGAGACAACCAGGACCAGCCCAACCACACUGCAGCUGCUGUAGAUCUCUUGGUGCCUGGAGUGGGGGAGCUUUGUGGUGGAUCUCUGAGAGAGGAGAGACUAAAUCUUCUGAGUCAACGACUAGCACAGGCUGGAUUACAAGACUCAUAUGCAUGGUAUCUGCAGCUGAGAGAGUUCGGCUCAGUCCCCCAUGGCGGGUUUGGGAUGGGCUUCGAGAGGUACCUGCAGUGCAUUCUGGGACUCAACAAUAUUAAAGAUGUGAUUCCAUUUGCAAGGUUCUCACACUCCUGCCUGCUUUGAAAGAGUGUCAUAAACAGUGUUUUUUCCUCAAGCCACCCAACGCCGCACAUUUUGAAUGUCUUUUAAUGCGUGACUCUCCUUUGAGGUCUCCGAGUCUCUGUUAACAAGCUGAUGAUCUGAGUCAGGUGUGUUUGAUUAGGUAAGCAUACAGAAUGAGCAAUACUGAUGACGCUUCUGAAACACAUUUUAGGAACAGCUGUUCUGGUGUAGCAGGAUGACUAAUGUUUCAUGCGUUUUUAUGAAACAUAUUUAUCUUCUCUGUUAUAGAUAGAAGCAGAUAUUAGUUAACAGCCUCACCAAAAAAAAAAAAAAAGUCAUUUGAUUUUUGUUGUUGUCUUAUUAUUUAUGAGUACUAUCAUCAAUCACAUUUAACAACUUCGAAAUGAAUCUUUAAUCAUGUGAUGCAGAAGUAAAUACAUUUUGUCUGCAAA